AAGCUGCUGGCCGAGUGCCAGGACCAGCAGUGGUGCCAGUUCUCGGUGCACAGCCAAGUCUUUGGGCCGGACCCGUGCCCUGGGACACACAAGUACCUCAUCACUUCCUACAAGUGCCGGCCAGGGAACCAUCGGGUCAAGACCGUGUGUGAGAACGACAAGCUGAGGCUGCAGUGUCGACCAAAAUCCAUCCUGGCCAUUUAUUCUGCAAAUUAUGGACGAUUCCUGCGGGGCAAACCAGAGUGCGAUGCUUUGAACACUGGGGGACCCCAUAUAGAGUGCUUGGCUCCAGAUGCCCUGCGGAGGGUCUCCAAGAAGUGCCACCGCAAGAGAAACUGCACCGUGGCUGCUGACCAGGCCACCUUUGGGGACCCGUGCCUCCCCGGCAUGAAGAAACAGCUGCGAGUCUCCUACACCUGUGUGCCCAAGCAGCUGCUGGAGGAGGUGGGCCCUGACACCUCGGACCCCUUCCUGCUCUCCGACUACAUGCACGGUGGCUGGUACAAAGGGCCCAGGUUCUCCAGGCUCCGGGAAGACCAGAUGAUUUUUACUAGCUCUCUGGCAGCUUUUGCCCACCUUUGGGGCGUCCCAGAGAAAGUUGGCCUCUACUUUCUUUGCGGGGUCUCUGGAGGCCUCCUGCUCCUGCUGUGCAUCAUCAGCCCGAAAACGACCUUCCUCCAGGAGGUGGGGGAGGCUCUCAAAGACCCGGAGGUGGGGAGCAGCUCGGAGCUGAGCAGGACAAAGCUGCGAGAUGAGCAGGAUGAAGACCUUCCUGAUGACAGCUCCUCGGACUCCUCCUUCCGCCGCCUCACCCACACCUACCGGGCCACCGACAGCAUCUUUGGCCCAGAGCUGACGGCAGCCAUGGAGGGAGCAGUGGAGCACCGGGGCCGUGGCGGGGAGGAGAUCUGGAUGCCCAAGGAGUCGAGCCCAUACGCCAUCCACAAGAUCAAAUCGGCCACCAAAUAA